AUGCAGCUCGGUUGGUUUCCAGGGUUGCUGUGGAGAAUAAACGUUCCUUUUCUCUCCCGUCUUUUCAGGCUCGUCGCUCUGCCGUUAAGCAGAGUUCUGGGUGUGAAGGAUCGGAUUCGGAUUCGAGCCCCGUCGAUCCCAAAGCUGGAGGCCUUCUACAAGCAGAACAACCGGCAGCCAUCGCAAAGUGAGGUGGUGAGCUUGGGGAAGCAGUGCGGACUCUCCCAGCGGAAGAUCCAGACCUGGUUCAGACACAGAAGGAACCAGGACCGACCGAGCAACACCAGAAAGUUCUGCGAGGCCUCAUGGCGGUUUGUGUUCUACGUCGCAGCUUUCUCAGCAGGACUCGCCUCCUUAAUUAAUACGCCCUGGUUCUGGGAUCACAGAGAGUGUUGGAGGGGUUAUCCCAAACAGCCCGUCGCCGAGGCUCAUUACUGGUACUACGUCCUGGAGAUGGGUUUUUAUCUGUCGCUGCUCCUCUGCGUUUCCGUGGACGUCAAGAGAAAAGAUUUCAAGGAGCAGGUCAUCCAUCACAUCGCAACCCUCUUCCUCAUCGGUUUCUCCUACUGCGCCAACUACGUGAGGGUGGGAACGCUGGUGAUGCUGGUGCACGACUCCUCCGACUUUCUCCUGGAGUCUGCGAAGAUGUUUCACUACGCCGUGUGGACGAGGACGUGCGACUCGCUGUUCGUCGUCUUCGCUCUGGUCUUCCUGGUGACCAGGCUGGUGGUGUUUCCAGGCAGAGUCGUCCACACAACCCUGGUGGUGUCUCUUGAGUUCUUCCAGCCCUUCUUCGGCUACUACUUCUUCAACGCUCUGCUGCUAGUGCUGCAGGCGCUGCACAUCUUCUGGGCGUACCUCAUCCUGCGCAUGGUCUACAAGUUCGUGUUCCUGGGCAAGGUCGAACGCGACGAACGCAGCGACGAGGAGAGCGACGACGACGAGGAGGAGCCCGAGGACGACGGCGACGAGUGCAGCUGGGAGCAGAGGAAAGGCGCCAUCAACUCCAAGCUGGCGUCGCUGGCCAACAACUGCGUCCUGAACAACCUGACCAACCAGAGGAGUAUGAACAGCAGGCUGCCCAAAGCCAGAUAGUGGAGCGGCUUCCUGGAAACCUCCACCGAGACCUUUUACCUUCAGCUUCACUGGUUUCUGUGCAUCCAACACGGUCCGUCGAUGAUUUCAGGUCUGCAUCCUGCUUGUCUUAAAAAAAAUAAUAAUAAUGCAAAAAAACAAAACCCACAGACGAUUGUAGAUCUUCACCACCAGGAUGGAAACGCCAUCACCUCGGCUUCACGCAGGAAUGAAUUUAGCAAAACAAGGAGAUUCCUCACAUCUGAUCAUAGUUUGUUUUGCAGAUUUAUUUUUUCUCUUUUCAUUGUUUUAUAACAACUCAUUUGUAAAUAACACUUUUAUUUUCAUUAAGAACAAGAAAAUGAUUUUAUUUAAAAAAGAAUGCAAGAAAUGUCAUGUCAUAUGUGCGCUUGAAUAUUUUAACGAUUUAAUUUAAUUCACCCCCACACACGCAUUACUGAUUGUACAUAUAGAGGAUUAAAAACACUGAUUGUAGUAAAUCUGUUGAUAAAAACAAACACUUUUUAGACUAUUUUUAUGAAUUGCUUAUUUAAAGAUUUUAACGUCAGAAGUCCCGCAGAAGUUCUAUUUUUCUGACAGGAUGCAGUCGGGUUGUGUUCGUAGAGUGUAAACGGCGCCCCCUAGUGCACGGAGACGAUAGAGGAAUGAUGCCUUUUUACAAACUGAUGCUACUGACUGUGUGUUUUGGUUUCUUUUUUUCUACUUUGUGACAGGCGGCAUGAUUUUCUUUCUCCUUUUGUUUUGUGCCUUGGCUGCUGUUUUUUUUUUUUAACUAUUCUGUGACGACCGGACAAGGUGGGGAAGGCCUUACUGUGACUUUACUGUGUACAUGUUUCUGCCUGGAAAAGCCAUGAAAACGGGCAUUAGGGAGAGAUUUUAGGUAGAUUAUCUACAAAUAUUUUACAUCUCAGAUGAAGAAAAUACCGUCUCAGAGAGCAGAGGUCUGAUGGGAUGUUUUAGGGCGACCGGGUCGAGCUCUAGCGCUGCACCAGGAAUACGAGGUAACAGGAUUUUACAUGUGUUUAUCCCACAUAGAGUAAAAUACAUGCAGGCGUCUGUGCUGCUGCUGCUGCUCGACUCCAGAUGUGUCACACAACAUGUAACAGGUCGGUGACUGCAUGUAGUGAUCUUAUCUGUACAGAUGUGUGCGAGUAGAAUCAGGGUUUAACGGCACUGAGGUGUGAAACAAAGUGGGAUUUAAACUGAAGUGACACUAAAAGGGCUGAUCCACUGAGUGACACACUUACAGACCCACUAGAACUUUUUUAAAAAAAAAAAAGAAAAAAAAAAAAUAAAGCAGGAGAAAAAAGUUUCCGUAAACGUUACACUUGACUGUUAUCUCACGAGUGCUCACGGAUGCUCUGUCGGCCUGUUGGAAGGUUUUAAUAAAUUACUCCUGUUGAAUAAAUUACAUUUCCUGCCUAUGUGUUGAUUCAAUUCAUUUUUAAGAUUUUGUAAAAUAUGUUUUAGUUUUCAUGUGUUUCACUCAAUUGGAGUCUGUUUAAAGUUUUCUAUCUUG